AUGUCGCUGCCGACAUCCAAUACAUCCUACAGAGCUCAAACGUCAGACGAUUCUUGUUUCCCGCUUAAUGAAGAUUUGUUGAAAGGCGCAUCUCCUGAAGAAAGACUUGAGCAUCUCGUAAAAGAGAUAAAUAUGCACCACAUCGCCCAUCGCCUCCGAUGCUGCCUAACCUCAGUCAUUUCGUCUCGCCUAUCUCUUCCUCAAAGUAACAGCUCCUUCUCCGACACACACUAUCUGGGCACUCUAUCUAAUAAACAAGACGACUUCGCUGGCGCGUCUCCAGGUUUUCCCAGCAAGAGUCAGGAGCUAUCUGAAGAUACCUACCUUUUCCGCCGAGUCGAAACUGUUCAUCAAUCGGAGACUGGAACGGUAUUGUCUCCCAUCUGCGACAUUCGCUCUUCUUCCUCAAAGUUGAUCAUUUCCUCUAUCCGCUCGACGAUUCGCUUAGAAGAUGAAUCAGAACCCUCGCAGUGUGGAUGUUCAAAGGCACGGCCUGGAGAGCGUUAG